AUGGCGAGGAAGUUUCAAUCACUCAUAUUGAGUGUGGAUUCCCAGCCUCAUGCUACGUUACUACGCGGGAAGCGCACUUCUGAUGAGUUGUAUAAGUUUCAAACUCUGUUUUUCGAGGUUCAUGAUUUUGAUGGUCAGUGUGUGGAGAACAAUACUAUUUCCCAAACUCAAGGGUCUCUGUCUGUAUCUGAUCCUUCAAUAAUGGUGGCUUUCCCCAAAAUUGGUGAUCCAGAUAAUGCUGCUUUUGUGGCUUGGACGAUAACCCCAUGGACCCUUCCUAAUAAUCUUGCACUCUGUGUCAACGCAAAUUUUGUCUAUGUGAAGGUCCGCAAUAAGUACUCUGGAAAAUCUACGUGGUUGCUGAGUCAAGGUUAUCUGAGCUUCCAACUGAGAACCCAAAGUCAAAUUCGUCUAAUGAAUCUUCUGGUGGUUCCAAGAAAUCUAAGAGCAAAUGAACUUAUGGUGAAAAGACUAAAGAUUCUGCAGCUGAUUCCUUUGAGGUCUUAG